AUGUUUCUUUAUUUCUAUGCUUGCAACAGACUCCCGAGUCGAUCAUUCCAUUGCAUAAUCGAAGAAAAUGAUGCUAUAUUCAAACCGAUGAGAUUCUUUAACUCACAGAUCUCUAUCUAUCUAUCUAUCUAUCUAUCUAUCUAUCUAUCUAUCUAUCUAUCUAUCUAUCUAUCUACAUUAAGUUUAGAUCGAGACAGAGCUAUAUCUAUCUAUCUAUCUAUCUAUCUAUCUAUCAUUAAAACAUUUUCUCUAAAAAUCCACAUACCAUGUUACAUCAUUCCUUCUAUCCUUCUUAUCAUAUCUUUAUGCCAAGAACAUUUCUAUCGACUUAAAAUGAAUAUUACAUUUCAGUCAUGUAUUUUCUAUGAUUAUUAUUUCCCUUCUAUCUAUCUAUCUAUCUAUCUAUCUAUCUAUCUAUCUAACAAGAGAAUCUAUAUGGCCUUAAAAACAUUAUAUUUUUUCCGUUGUUUUCUAUUUUUAUCUAAUCAGCCUUUCUUUCUUUUUUCUUUUUCUUUCUUUCUUCUUUCUUUCUUUUUCUUUUCUUUCAUUCUUUUUUCUUUCCUUUUCUUUUUCCUUUCUUUUUCUUUCUUUUUUCGUUCUUUUUUCUUUUCUUUCUUUCUUUCUUUUUUCUUUCUUUUUUCGUUUUUUUCUUUUCUUUAUUUCUUUUUUCUUUCUUUUUUCUUUUCUUUUCUUUUCUUUCUUUUUUCUUUCCUUUUCUUUCCUUUUCUUUUUUCUUUCUUCUUUCUUUCUUUUUUCUUUCCUUUUCUUUUAUCUUUCUUUUUUCGUUCUUUUUUCUUUUCUUUCUUUCUUUUUUCUUUCUUUUUCUUUCUUUUUUCGUUCUUUUUUCUUUUCUUUCUUUCUAUUUUCUUUCUUUUUUCUUUUCUUUCUUUCUUUUUUCUUUCCUUUUCUUUUUUCUUUCUUUUUUCUUUUCUUUCUUUCUUUUUUCUUUUCUUUCUUUUUCCUUUCUUUUUUCUUUUCUUUUUUUCUUUUUUCUUUUCUUUCUUUUUCCUUUUCUUUCUUUUUCCUUUUCCUUUUUUCUUUUUUCUUUUCUACAAUUCUAAUUACAUCGACCUAAUGACAACAUCUGUAUAUUUUCUUUCUUUUCAUACUGUUUCUUAA